UAUGUAAAGCUAAUCGAAUGUCAGAGAUGUUUGCUACUUUCACAGUUAUAACUGUAUAGCAGCAGUAUAUGUAUGCAUGUAUUGAUUUGGAAAAUCCAUGAUGUGAACUAACAAAAAUUUCGUAAACAGUUUUAUUAUUUAAAAUACGUUUAUUACUUGAGUAACAGUAAAAAUUCUGCUAAAUCGGUGAUUUCCAUGUAUGUACUUAGGAUUUCCCUUAUCAGUUUGUUAAUAAAUAUUCUAAACGAAUAUUUUGUCAAAGUAUAAAAAUCUCUAGGCGAUAAGCGAAUUUUAUUCAGUCAUUACAUUCACUUGAGAAAAUAAACAUGAAAUUUCUGUUGUUUUUGACAUAUUUGUGUGCUCUAUUGGCAUUUAUUAAAGCUUCUCCCCUGCCUGGCGGUGGAGGUGGUGGAGGCGGCGGUGGUGGGGGUCGCGGUUGUAAUUGUGAACCCGGUGGUGGAGGAGGAGGUGGCGGAGGCGGUGGUGGUGGUCAUGGAAAUGGACCGGGUGGACCAGGUGGUGCAGGUGGACCUGAUUGUGUGCGUCCUUCUUGGUUGCCUCCCUGUCCAUAAAACAACUUCAAUAUGAUAGGUUAAAAAUUGUUAAGUUUUGAUUGUUAUUUAAAAAAAAUACUUAGUAUAAAUUAUAAAUUUAUAAAUACUGUUCUAAGUUAGUAGUUUGAUUGAAGUGAAAAUAUUAAUAGAUGCAUUUUAUUAAUUACA